AACACUUGCUUAUCUCUCUGGCGGUUGUCUAUCCCUCGCUAUCUCUCUCGCGCUCCCUAAUAAUCCUCGUACGAACCCGCCUGCAAAAAGAGAAGUCAGGGAGGCGCUUUAAAAAUCAGGAGUGGUCGUAAGAAGCCUAACUUAUAAAGGAGGACACAUUUAUUAACUAAUUUCGAGAGAAAAAAGGGUACAGUGCUGAGGCCUUUCUGUGAAGACUUGGCUUGUUCUCCCCGUGUCUGCAUGGGUUCUCUACGGGCGCUCCUGCUUCCUCCCACCAUCCAAAGAUAUUCAGGCUAGGUGAUGGCAGUGGCAGUCUCCAGAGAUCUGACAGUGCAGGUGCUGGAGGAUGUGAACACUGUCAAGUUGACUGACAGACAGCAGGCUUUGCGCGCUGCCAUCCAGAGAGGAGAGCCCAAAUGUCUGGGGGUGAGUCAGGUGAUGCUGGGGCUGAUGGUCAUGUCCUACUCCAUUCCUCUGCACUUCACUGAGGCCACUGAGGUGGUCAUCCUGGGAGUUCCUUGGUGGAGUGGCCUGACGUUCAUCACAGCAGGAGUGGUUGCUAUCGUCUUGGACAAACACUGCACCAUGAAGAUUCUGCAGGUGUGUUUGAUGGUGAGCAUAGUUUCCACUAUGCUGUCAGUGGUGGCUGUGAUCAUCUACUCUGUGGACAUGGACAUGAAUCCUGAAGUGGCCUGCGUCAAGUCACUGCAUGGCAACUGUAGCGAGACACACUACGCCACGAGGCUGAGCAGAGGAGUGAAGUCGUCCCUCCUUCUCUUCACCCUGGCCCAGGCAGCCAUCUCUGCCAUUCUCUGCUUCCUUCUCUUCAGGCAGAGACGCAGCUUCGGACAGUAUACUUCUCUCACCGAAGCGGCUCCCACAGCACUCAUACCACCCGACCUGAACUGAUCAAUAAUUGGACCAGUAGUCACUGAGAUGAUGGAUCACUUCUCAUCAUGUGGUAUUCAGAUUGAAUUUGUCUGUCUGCUUGUAUCUAGGCCUAUGACUUAUCCACUGUGCUUCCUGAUACAGUCCCCUCCAAAAGGAACGGUAUGGCAAAUUCCAUUGUUUUUAUUGUUCACUGAAGA